AAGCCGCGCUUCCAGGGAAGAGUGCGUGCCUCUGACUCACUUCUCCUCCCUAGGUCUCUUUCUUUUCCUUCAGGCCGCCUGCUGUUUCCCGUGGAGAUCAUGAAACGACAUCGGCUUCCUAGCAGCAGUGAGGAUUCUGAGGACAAUGGCAGUUUGUCUACCUGGUCCCAGCAUUCAAGAUCUCGACGUCGGAGAACUUCGUGUUCCAGACAUGAAGAUCGAAAACCCUCUGAGGUGUUCAGAACGGACCUGAUCACUGCCAUGAAGUUACAUGACUCCUUCCAGCUGAACCCUGAUGAAUACUAUGUGCUGGCAGACCCCUGGAGGCAGGAGUGGGAAAAGGGAGUUCAGGUGCCAGUUAGCCCAGGGACCAUCCCAGAACCCGUAGCCAGGAUUGUGUCCGAGACAAAAGCUGUCACGUUUACACGUCCCAGGAAGUACAUUGUUUCAUCAGGUUUGGAGCCUCCAGAGCUGGGCUAUGUUGACAUUCGAACCUUAGCAGACAGCGUGUGUCGCUACGAUCUCAACGAUGUGGAUGUGGCAUGGUUGCAGCUUGCCAACGAAGAGUUUAAAGAAAUGGGGAUGCCUGAGCUGGACGAGUACACUAUGGAAAGAGUCAUAGAGGAAUUUGAACAGCGAUGCUAUGAUAACAUGAAUCAUGCUAUCGAGACGGAGGAAGGCCUUGGGAUUGAAUACGAUGAAGAUGUUGUCUGUGACGUUUGUCAGUCUCCAGAUGGGGAAGAUGGCAACGAGAUGGUGUUUUGUGACAAAUGCAAUAUUUGCGUGCACCAGGCAUGUUACGGGAUCCUGAAGGUGCCGGAAGGCAGCUGGCUGUGCAGGACCUGCGCGCUUGGCGUUCAGCCCAAGUGUUUGCUGUGUCCCAAGAAGGGUGGCGCCAUGAAGCCGACUCGGAGUGGGACCAAGUGGGUCCAUGUUAGCUGUGCCCUGUGGAUUCCUGAGGUGAGCAUUGGCAGCCCAGAAAAAAUGGAACCUAUUACAAAGGUUUCUCACAUUCCCAGCAGUAGAUGGGCGUUAGUGUGCAGCCUUUGUAAUGAAAAAGUUGGGGCUUCAAUACAGUGUUCAGUGAAGAACUGCAGAACAGCCUUUCAUGUCACCUGUGCGUUUGACCGUGGCUUGGAGAUGAAGACCAUACUGGCAGAGAAUGAUGAGGUCAAGUUUAAGUCAUACUGUCCCAAGCACAGCUCCACCAAGAAAGCAGAUGACGAGGCCCUCAGUGAAAGCCCAGGCCAGGAGAAUGGGAAUGGGCUUCAGGACAGCUCUCUUCCUGCUCACAUCGACCCCUUCCACGGCAUCGAUCAAAACCAAGAGGCCCACAGAGUCAGCGUCCGCAAGCAAAAGCUCCAGCAGUUGGAGGACGAGUUUUACACGUUUGUGGAGACUUCAGAAGUGGCUAAAGCGCUGCGGCUGCCUGAGGAGCCUGUGGGAUUCCUUUACGAGUACUGGAAGCUGAAGAGAAAAGCCAAUUUCAAUAAGCCCUUGAUUACCCCAAAGAAGGAUGAAGAGGACAAUCUGGCCAAGCGAGAGCAGGAUGUUCUGUUCAGACGAUUGCAGCUCUUCACGCACCUCCGGCAAGAUCUGGAGCGGGUACGUAAUCUCACUUACAUGGUGACUCGAAGGGAAAAAAUCAAGAGAUCUGUUUGCAAAGUUCAAGAACAGAUAUUUAACCUCUACGCAAAGCAGUUGGAACAGGAACGAGUUUCAGGUGUGCCUUCUUCCUUCUCCUCAGUGGAAAACAUGGUGUUGUUUAAUAGUCCAUCCUUGGGUCCUGAUGCCCCUAAGAUAGAGGAUUUGAAAUGGCAUUCUGCGUUCUUCAGGAAACAAAUGGGCACGUCUCUAACCCGCUCUUUGAAAAAAUCGCACAAGAGUGGCAGAGUAAGAAAUAGCUCUGGGAACGACAGCAAAACCCUGCUGAGGCAGUCCAGCCAAAGGGAAGGUGGUGCAACUCCAGGUAGCUUUAUAAAUUUUGACAAGACCUUUGCAGAGGCACGCGUUGUAUCAGCACAGCAGAAAAAUGGCAUAGUUAUACCAGACCACAGGAAAAGAAGAGACAAUCGUCCACAGUGUGAGGUAAUCAAGGCAGAACUGAAGGAAAAGACUUCUAAACACAACCACAAACCGCUGAGACCCACAGAACUCUCUCAGAGGCAAUCAGAAAAUAAGAGGGCUGUGAACCACUCCAGUGGUAGGUCAGCACCUGGCACACGGAGGGAUAUAGUGCCUAAAUGCAACGGAGGUCUCGUCAAAAUAAACUCUAAUCAGACGGUAGUUAAAGUGCCUACGACGCCCACAAGCCCAGUGAAAAACUGGGGCGGAUUCCGAAUUCCAAAGAAGGGGGAGAGACAGCAGCAGGGCGAGAGCCCCGAGGAGACCUGCCGCCAGAACUCCAGCUACCCCUACCUGGGCGUGGGCAGGGUUUCACCGAAGGACAGGGCGAAAAGCAAGCUAAAGCCCGACAGCGAGAAUGAUGGGUACAUCCCUGAUGCCGAAAUGAGCGACUCGGAAACUGAAGUGGCUGAAAAAAAGUGCAGACACCAGAGGCUCAGUCCCAACAGCACGAUCAACAGGAGGACAGACAUUAUUAGGCAGAGCAUCCUGGCAUCCUGACUGCACAGAGGGACAUAGUGUCAGCACCGAGGUCAGUAGAGUCACUGCCUACAAGCCGACUCCACACACGUACUGGUGUGAGAGGAGAGAGGUCUUAGACAUGGCUACAGACUGACAAAUUGAACCUGUUUAUUCCUGAGCUGUAUAAACAUGUUUACAUGCACUUAAAAGGUAUGUUUUUUUUUUUUUGCCCCCCCCCAACCCAAUCUGUGAGAAAUAUGACCCUUCUUUAUUAGUAACUUUCCUGAGGAAGCAGAGAAAUGACAUCACUACUAAAACAGAAUUUGUGAUGAACACUAAAAUAACUCUCUAAAAACUUUAAAGGGGCUAGGGUGGGUAGGGGGAGGUAGGCUGCAUUCAUCCCUGUUUAAGUAAACAGCACUGAUGUGGUGGUGGUGGUGGUGUUCCCUUCCCUGCCUUCCAAAAAAAGCACAAGCUGUUAAAUUAACUAGAGUGUACUAAAUCAAAGGUGGUUAUUUAACCAUACUGCACUGCUAAACCCCCGUACAAAUGGUCACUUUCCUUGGUGGUAGGUCUUUGUCCUCUGUUUGCAGAAUGCUUUUUGUUGCAUUCAAUUUGAGCGUAUAUGGCAGCUCAAAACCCCUCCAUAAACUCCAGAGUUUACAUGUAAAUACAUCUACGAGAUGGCCAGAUAUAAACAUGAUUUUAUACUGGAGAAAAAGGAAGGGACAGGUCAGGGCUGCCGCUGCCUUACAGCGCAGCAGCUUGAAAAGACUCGGGCUGAGCAUGGAGAGAGCUCCUGACCAGCUUAGCUUUGAGAAGAGAGCAGGCUUAUGGGUUACUGCACCCUGUGGAAUCAGCAUUUAGUCACCUGCCUCCUGGAAUACAAUGACAAUUCAAGGAAAAAAAAAAAAUUCUAAGGCACUAGUCAGUAGGAUUUCCCAAAGCCCACCACAUAUGCACUAAUGGUAUGUAUUGGGAAAGCCAGGCUUAUGACACUAAAGGAUUACUUUAAAAUAGACAUAAAUAUAUAUUUUUAAAGAGGAAUAAAAUGGAAAGGCAAUAAAUUGUGAUUAGCUCUUCACAUUCAAAUGAAGAAAAAUUAUUUCAUUCAGUUCCGGACUAGAUUUGAAGAAAGAAGGAACUCACAUUCUGAUUGCAUACUUUUUUUUUUAAAUAAUUGCAAAUGGCAAUAACUAGUAAGCUAUCAGCAAUAAUAUUAACAGUUCGUUAGGAUACUGUUUUGUGCUGGGUAGAGUGCACACAUAACAGUGGAUUGUUAGGAGCCUGUACGUUUUUGGAAUUCUGCAUAGAUUUCAGUCAGGUAUAUACUAGUUAAAAGAAAGUUUAAGCAGUAAUGAGUUAGUUACAAAAAUACAGGCCUAAAGAAGAACCCCUCCCUUGUCUACUCCUAGCCUACUGUUAUUGUAGUCAGUUAUUUUUUAAUGUUUGUUAGACCCUUGCCUCUUGAGCAGGGAAAAUUUUAAAAUACAGUAGAACUCUGCCAUAACUGAGUCUUCCAGAGGAUUCAAUCAGAAAGAGGCUUAUUAACACCCUGUCUUGCUAUGCAAGUUACCACUUACUUACUUAAUUGACUAUUUCGACAGAAAGCAUCCCUGUCACUCACGUUUUAAAACCUGGAAGUCUUAACCUUUUGAUACCUUUUGGGAUGAUGGUGAGGAGGGGAAAUUUUUAGUGUACUUUUAAAAUACCACUUCUACGCCCAAGAAAUGAGAUUAACCUCAUGACUUGGCCAGAUUAAAGUCUAACACGGCACUGGUGAAUCUGAAGUUGUGGAGUCAUUCUUGGGAUGCGUUAAAAUAAGAGUACUUACUUGAUCAGAAAGCAACAAGACAG